AUGGAUUCAGGACUAGCCUGCAACUCGAGAAUACAGCGGCUGCUAUGGACACAGGACUACAUCUCACUGGCAGAAGAAGUUAUCCUUCUUGAAAGUUCUUUUGUCCUCAGUCGGCGAAAUAACCUUCAGUUACGAGCGGUCCAAGUAGGUCUCACGUCAUCUGCCUUGCUGAUUGCCGAAGAAAAGCCGUCCCCACAACCUUCCAAUAAAACUCCUCAGCGCCGUACGAAAAGUUUCGAUACUGAUCUAGAACUCUUCGAGUUGAUAUACCUCUUCCCUCUCGUGAAUGUUCGGCUAUCCAUUCGGACACAUUCGGAAGAGAUCGGUGAACACGUGAUUAGGGUUCGGCUGUGCAAUGGUCUCGUAUGGUAUCUUGAACUCUCGGACGAGACUCAUCGAGAAGAUAAAUGGCAUGAAUGGGUUUGGUGGAUCCACGAGUUGGAAAAGCGCAGGAAACUUGAGAAUAAACAAAAGAGAAGGAAGCACAGAAUGGGCACUCUUAAAGGUCGUAACUCGAAAAUAAGCAAUCUUGGAUCACCAGACAGUCAAACUGUUGCAUCACGAGAGCAAGUUGCUAUUGGUGGCGAUGCUGGAAAGAAAGAUGGAAGAGAAUUAAACACACAAUAUAGAAAUAUCAAUAUGAAACCCUCUGGACCCACUCCCCGGGCAGGAGACCGCAGACAAUCAACAGCCCAUCGGUGGGUCCAUCAUUUCGCGGAGCACAUCAUUGACCAUCACGAUGAAACCCUUGCCGACAACAAUGACGAGCACCACGGGUCAUUUCACCAAAACAGCGGAGAUAUUACAAAGCAUGGCACAUCUUCCGGAACACUUUCAAGCAACCCGCUCCUGUUUAACGACCCACUUUCUCACGGUAAGCUCGACCAUAAGGCGUCCAAGAUGUGGAGUGAAUCGCAUAUCAGCGUUGCCCGUUCAUCUUUUAACAGCCGUCACAGUAAGUCCAAAGGUACCCUGAAAAAUCCCAUGCAUUCCGCCCUUCUACAAUGUGGUGCAGUAGACUCUUUAUCAAGCCUGGAGGACAUACAGAGUGUCGGGAGUCUGGUUUCAAGCAAUGCUGAGAGCUGGACGAACAGGCAUGCCAAGGACACAAGAAAGGGGCUCAUUCUUUCCAUCGAUGACCUUUUCGAAAGAACCAACGUUGAGGCGCAUGCACAUGGUCACGCAGGACGGGCUCGCCCAAUGGCAUCGAUGACAAGAUUGGACAUGCUCCUUGAAAAUGGUGUGUUUGACAACCUAGACCGAACAAGGGGGUUUGGCAUCAACAAGGGUGAGAUCCACCAUACUGCAUCACUGCCGGAUGUCCUUGAGGGAGAAGCAAGCUUUAUUGAGGACAUACCGAAUGCUGACCAGGUUACACACCACACAUCGCUUGUUUAUCUCGACUUGGAAAACGAUGACGACACCCGGACUGCUCAUGUCAUUAACGGCCACGUCAUGCUUCUUACGAAGGAAGAGAUGGAACUUCAUAAGCUGGUCGAUAACUUAAGGAAAAAGAAUCCCGACCCACGACUUAAACGACUUACCAAGAAAGAGAAGUCCCAUCCAAAGAUAGACGAUACACACAUCGAACAUCCUGCUCAUAAGAAAAAGAAAAGAUGGUCCAUUUCCCAUCACUAUUAUGAACAUGAUGAUGGCAACGACGAAGAUGGGCAUGACAAAAUGAAACGUCGCAUGCCAAAGGCAACCGGAAAGAGAAUGAGCAUCUUCUUCACUGGAGCUAACCGCAAACUUCACAUCUUAAAAGAGUCUCCACGUGAGAGUCCGAGUUCCUUGAGAGACGUCGAACCAGAUGACCUUGCUAACGAGCUGACAGCACUUGACGCAGAACUAUUCCUGCGAAUCCAUGAAGCAGAGAUGGUCGGCUGCAUGUGGCUCAAAGAAGAUCGGAACUACCGGGCACCGAACGUUGUAGUGGCAAUUGGAUUUUUCAAAAAGAUCGCUGGGAUGGUGACGAAAGAGAUUUUGACUCCUGCAAGGUCAAUUGAGCGGGCUUCAUCUAUCAAAUACUUUCUGAAGGUUGCUGAUGUCCUUAGGGAGAUGAAGAACUACCAUUCUUUGCGUGCUGUCUUGACUGGUUUGCAAUCUCCAGCUGUCUACCGGUUGCGGGAUACAUGGUUGCUGAUUGAAGAACAAGAUCCAGAAGACUACAACUUGUGGCAAGAUCUCCUCGACUACACCGACGGCGAAAGCCUCACCUUGGACAACGACCCUAGCCUUGAUCAAGCGAUGAGGGCGCCACCUUGUCUUCCAUUCUUGGGUUCUGUGCUUAUGCGCAUCAUCGAUUACUACUCGACUACCGAUAUCAACGGAACGAGACAAGCCCACAAAAUCUACGACGACCACGGAGAAAUUGAAAGCACAAAUAGCAGUGACUUCGGAUCGGCAAUCGACAUUAUCGAAGGGCAUACCCUGGAGGAUAACAAAGAAAGUGACAACAUGGCUCCAAAGAAGGGAAACAAAAAACCCUUUGGCAGUCCCAAGAGCGAACCAAAACUUUUCUCACUGUUUAAAAAAAUCGCCCACAAAGUUGAUUCACUUGGCCAUGUUGGUACAAAGUCUUCUCCGAGUAUUGGCCCUGAUGGAAAGAAACGAAUGAGCAGGUACCGUAAAGAACACAUCAGAAUGCUCAUCCUAGAAUAUGCCAAGCUUGUCGCAGAAGAAAGGGUCAGGGUCAGUGCUCCAUUAAGGAUCGACAGUUCACUCCGUGAGAAACUCCUCAGGGACUUCGAAGGUCGAAGUGGCACCCUCCAUGGUGAUGUCCAUGAUCACUCCCGAUCCAAGCAUUAUUCAGAGUUAAACCAUUUGGCGCACGAGCAUGAUGAUAUGCCUUGGAAACGCAAGUGGACGUCUGAGUUCCAUCUCCACGAAGCACUACUGCAGUUUCAGCUUUCUGCAGUUCAGUAUCAGCCAUGUGAGAAGAGCCAUGGCGUCAGGGAACUCUUGCUGAAGCCAUUUCAUCACUCUGACGAGGAAAAUUUCAAACUCUCUCUCGAAACGGAGCCCCGAGAGAGAUUCUAUUCGGUUCAUGAAAUUUAA